AUGGACACAUUGAUAUUCUUCCAUUUCGAGCGCUCCGAUCUCGAUUGGAAACUCGCAACUUCUCUCGAUGAGUCAGCGCAGCGCAACGGGGUCUUCAUCAACGACCCCAAGGGCCUCUUUAUCCUCCGGUGGUACCGUGAGGUGAAAAGGAACAGAGCGUGCAAGUACUACAAGCUGAUGAGCGACAACGAUGGGGAGGCCUUCCGCUGGACCAACAACUACCAGAUCAUCAGCAAGUUGUGCGUCCACCAUGAAGAAGAUGGUGGGACCGGAGGCAGAGUAUAG